AUGUCGGACAGCAGCCAGGCGCCCCUCGUCAGCCUGCCGCUAAAGACGACCGAGGAGGUCGAUCUCGGCAGCGCAGUCCGGACAAUCAUCACAAACACAUACGGCGAGGAACCGUCGGCCUAUGCAGAGCAGACCGCCCAGCUCAACCGGGCCAGGCAGGAUGCCGUCCGCGGCGCGGGCAGCGACUCGACCGCCCGCGACCUCCUCUACAAGUGGUUCCACAUGCUCGAGAUGCUCGAGGCCCGCUUCCCAGAGCUGCGCGUGCCCUUUCCCUGGAACGACGCCUUCACCCACAAGACCAUCUCCCAGUCCAGCCUCGCCUACGAAAAGGCCAGCAUCAUCUUCAACAUCGCAGCCACCCUCUCGUCGCUCGCCUCAUCCCAGCCCCGCCUAGCCGGCAAUCCCGAGGGCCUCAAGCGCGCCUACUCCGCCCUCCGUCAGGCUGCCGGCAUGCUCACCUACAUCAACGAGAACUUCCUGCACGCACCCAGCACCGACAUGAGCAAAGACGUCGUCAAGGCCCUCGUCGGCCUCAUGCUGGCCCAGGCCUCGGAGGUGUUUCUAGAAAAGUCGAUCGAGGAAAAGAAGAGCCACGGCCUCGUCGCCAAGCUCGCCAGUCAUACCGCCUCAGCCUACAACCAGCUCGUCGAGGAUGCAAAGGAGUUUGUCACCAAGGGCUACUUUGAACGGUCGUGGUCCCAUCUCAUCCAGGUCAAGGCCAAGUACUUCUCAUCGAUGACCCAGUAUUACCGAGCGCUCGCCGACGACGCGUCGGGCAACCACGGCGCCUCCCUCGUCCGUCUGACGGUGGCCGAAACGCAAGCCAAGGAGGCGCAGAAGCUCUCGAACGCUUUCAACGUCACGGCGCCCGGCAGCAUCUCGGCUUCUCGGCCGUCGCUCCCCAGCGACGCCGUGUCGGCCAUGUCGGCCCUCCUCACCACCCACCUGGCCGUCUGCACCGAGCGCAAAGCCCAGGCCGUCAAGAACAACGACCUCAUCUACCACGACAUCCUCCCCUCGGAGUCGACGCUGCCGGCUGUCGAUAAGCUGGUCGCCGCCACACCCAUCUCGAUCCAGGAGAUCUUCAAGGCCCCCGAGGUGCAGCGCAUCUUGGAGCCCGAUCUCUUCCAGCGCCUCAUCCCGCUGGCUGUGCACGAGAGCGCCAGCAUGUACUCGGAGGAGAAGGCCAAGAUUGCCCGGGCAGAGAGCGAGCGACACGAUCUGGCCAAUGGGGAGCUGCAGGCAGCGCUCGAGUACAUGGGCCUGCCCGCCAGCCUGAAGCAGUACCGUGGCAUCGGCAAGGGGGCCGGUGCUGGCGCUGCAGAUGCCUCGCUAGAUGCGCUUGCCGACCCGGGCGCCGAGGUGAUGCGUUGGUCCGAAGAGGAGGCGCAGGGGGGUGGAGGGCAUGGCGCUGACGGCCUGGGCACGGGCACCGACGGCGUCGCCUCUGGGCUGGAUCGGAUCGCGAGGCUGCGCGGCCAGGCCUCUUCUUCGAUCGAGACGGCCACGGCGGCGCUGGACGACGAGAACCGCGAAUGCGAAAAGCUGCGCGUCAAGUACGGCCACCGCUGGACGCAGGACCCCGCCGGUCUGCACACCAAGGAUAUGCGGGCGGGCCUCAAGGAGAACCGCGAGGCGCUGCAGCAGGCCACAGCCAACGACCGACGCAUCCAGGAGCUCUGGGAGUCGAUCCGCGACGACGUCUCGCUGCUGGUGGCCGGCCGCGACACGCUCGAGUCAGCCUUUGCAGCCGCGCUGAGCGGAUCUUCGGGCUCGUCGCAGCAUAGGGGAUCGGCCCCGGGCGGCGCGGCCAGCCUCCUGGAUCUGGGCGAGGAAGAGGAUCGCGCCGACGAGGCCGAGGUGCGGCAGGUGCAGACCAAGCUUGCGCAGAUCGACGAAGGGCUACUCAAGCUACACAAGAUGAAAAAGGACCGGGGCGAGGUGCUGGCGGACCUCAAGGAAAAGAUCCAGACGGACGACAUCUCCCACGUGCUCGUCCUCAAUCGGCGCGCGCAGAACGUCGAGCCGGCCAUCUUUGCGCAGGAGCUGGAGAAGUUUAAAGCGCACCAGAACCGGCUCGCGGUGAGCGCGCACCACCAACAGGUGGUGCUGGGCGAGGUGACGCAGGCAUACAAGGACCUCGAGUCCUUGCCUGCCGCAAGGAGGGCGAGGAAGGUGUGGGAGGAGAAGCAGCGGGCACGCGACGGGCUGGUCGGCAGGUUGAGAAGGGCCAAAGAGGGACACGCCGAGGUGCGCGCGGCGGUGGCGAGGGGCGUGCAGUUCUACACUGACCUGCUCGAGAUUGUCGACGGCCUGAGGAGGAACGUCGAAACCUACGUAAAGGGGCGCAAGGCCGAGAGGGAGAAGCUCUCGGGCGAGCUUGAGUGGGACGACAAGCUGAGCGGGUACCAGGACACGGGCCGCGGUGUCGCGUCUCCGCCGCCACCGCCGCCCCUGCCGGGCCAGGCACGGCCGGGCAUCGCCUCGCCCACGUCUCCCCUUGGCGGAGGCUACGCAAGCGGCCUGGAUGCUCUGCAGGGCUCGUUUGGCGGUAUGACGCUCAACCAGCCUCAGCACCCGCAGCAGCAGCAGCAACCGCCCUCGAGGUCGACGUCGGCAUCCUACCCUGGACCUGGACCCGCGCCGCCGCCCCUUCCUCCGAUGCAGGGACAGGGACAGCCACAGCGACAGGGAAGCUACAACGCCCCGUCGUCAUCGUUGAGCUACGAUCGGUACACAUCUCCACCGCCGUUGCAGCCGCCGCCGCAGCAGCAGCAGCAGGGAUACACCAACCAGCCGCUGCCACCACCGUCGAUGCACGCUUCGUCUCCGACGAAGCCGUACAGCCAAAGUGCUGGUGGAGGCGGCGGCGGGGCCUACCCUCCUCCUCCCCUACCUUCCUCGACGACGACGACGACGAUAGGGGGCGUACCUCCACCACCGGCACGGUACACUUCUUCCUUUUCGCCGCCGCCUCUGUCUGGAUCGGGCCAGUACAACCUUCCUCGUCCCCCUCCCCCUCCUUCGCAGGGACAGGGACGGGGGUACGGCUACCCAUCCUACACCUCUGUCCCUCCUCCCGCGACGGGCGGGGGACAUUCCUACGUUGCACCCUCUUUCCACCCUCCUUCCCAAGCCAACCCGCAACCUUCGUACUACCACCAUCAACCUCCGCCAUCGCAACAACCGCAACAGCAGCAGCAGCAGGGUGGCUACUCUGCCUAUUCCGGUUAUGCCGCCCCACCUCCUCCUCCUCCUCAGCAGCAACAACAACAACAACAACUGCACUACUCGCAGCCCCAGCAGCAGCAGCACCAGCAGGGUUACGCAGGCGGCCCACCCGUUUCCCCGCUCCAACAUGGACAGAACCAGGCUUACGGCGCGCAGCCGCAGGGACCGCAGGGUGGAGCCCACGGCCAAGCUCAGGGUUACCCCGCCUACCGACCCGCUUACUAG